UUUGAUGAUAAAGCAGUGACUGAAUUUUAAAGCAGCGAAAAGAAGGAAUUUGUUAUUUCGUGCAUUGUUGCGUAGCUGUCAGUGAUUUCGGCUCUGAGCAGUAGGGAAGGUGGUCGGGCGCUGGCUUCAGCCAAAAUGUCUUUUCCCAAGGCUCCUCUGAAGAGAUUUAAUGAGAAUAUUGGAUGUGCCCCUGCGCCUGGAUCUUAUGAUGUGAAGAAUUACGAGGGCCUCAAAGGACCUGUAUCUUUUGAUAAAUCCCAGAGAUUUCGUCCUAAAAAAGAUUCCAGCAAUGAAAGCCAACUCAUGGAUAAAGAAGAGGAAUUAUCUCCAGUUCGUCUACGAAAACAUUCUCUUGGGUCUACUCCAAACCUGAGACAGAAACCAGAAAAAGAUGCAGAUUUUAUGAAAGAAAUUAAGAAGCAGAAAUCAUUGGAAAAGGAGAUACGCUCACUUUUGAAGGAACGUGCUGAACAGGACAAGAAGCUCCAGACAUUAGAGGAAGAGUUCAAAAAGACAGAAGUAAAACUGAUUACUGCUUUGAGAGAGAAGACAUCACUUUCUGCUACCAUAGCAUCUCUGGAACGACACAUUGCUGAUUUAGACAAAGCAAACGAGCUCUUAAAGACAAAGUUUUCUGAUGACAGCUCCAAGAAGAAAAUAAACAAUUUAUGUUCAGAGCUUAUUGAAGUAAAAAAUAAAGUGGAUGCCAAAGAUAAGGAAAUUAUUAGCUUACAAGCAAACUUUGAAGAGCAAGUUAAAGUACUUCAGGCAAAUCUAAUGUCUUGUAAGGAAACCUUGGAGACUGUGCAAGAGAAGAACACAUCUCUGGAAGAGAACUAUCAGGCUGCAAAUUUGCACAGUGAAGCCUUGGCAAAGGAUCUGGAUAAUGCCCGUGUUUUAAUUGAGGAGCUGAAAGGAGAAAACCGAAACCUUCAAGGCUACCUCUCAGAUGCCCAAGAACAAAUGCAGGAUAUGCGCAUAAAAAUGAGCGCUAAGGAACGCGAGUUUGAGAAUAAGUUGCAAAAUAUGACCUCUUCUAUGUCGGAACAAAGCAAGGCCCUGGUGAUACAAGAGGAAAUGGAAAGCAAACUUCAUGAAGCAGAGAAAAACUUGGUGCUGGCAUUUGAGAAAAUAGCACAGCUUGAACAAGAACUCAAUGCAGUGAAAGAAGAAAAAUAUAAACUGAUGGAGGAAAAGACUGAAACUGAGGCAAAAUUAUCUGCAUCUAUGGAACAAAUGAGUGCUGUUGUUGCCCAGUAUGAACAUUACAAGGUGUGCCUGGACCAAACAUCAGAUUUACUGAAGCAGAAAGAACAGGAAGAAAUGAGCGCAAAGGAUUACUUUAGCCAAAGGGAAAAAGAGCUCCUGGCACAAAUAAAAGAGCUGGAAGAGAAGUGUUUGGCACUGAUACAAGAAAAGGAAACACUUGUUUCAGAAAGUGAAGAAAAAGAGAGAACAUUAAAAACUGAGCUGGAAAUGGUUAAGGAAAAGCUGAGCAAAGAAGAGGAAGGUCGUCACGCACUGCAAGAGAAAGAGAAGCAACUGUCCAUGCUUUUGCAGAAAGAGAUGGAAACUUGCACCUCCCUGCGUGAGGAAUUGCAGAAGGUACAAGAAGAGAUGAUGAAAGAGAGGCGUCUGUUAGAAGAGGAACUGGAGGGAACCCUAGAUGAAUUAGACAGAUUGCAAAGUGCAGAGGAGCAUGCAGAGCAAUUAAUUCAACAACUUGAACAAGAAAAUAAGCAAAGGGCUGGAGAGCUGGAUUAUCUGGAGGAAACUCUAAAGGGGAAAAGUGCUGAACUGGAACGAAUCAAAGAAGCUCACAGAAAUGCCAUGUUGGAACUCAAGGAAGAGCAGAAUAAUGGCACACAUACAUUUCAAGAAUUUGAUAGUUUUAGGAAGUCAGCUUCAACAGAAAUUGAAUCCUUGAAGUCUAUAAACUUGUCCUUGUUAGAAAAAAUUGCACAAGCAGAAAAAGACAAAGAAAUACAAGAAAAACUUCUUGAAGGGCAAGUCAGGGAUAAGUCAGUACUGGAGCAGCAACUUAUUGACCUGAAAGCGGCAUCAAGCAAAACCAAGGAGGAGUAUGAGCAGAAGCUUUACGUGUUGCAAGAGACUUCAAACAAAACUAAAGAAACCUUGGAGCAGCAACUUAUUGAUCUUCGUGAAACGUCAGCUAAAGCUGAGGAGGAUUUGAAGCAGAAGAUAAAUGAACUGAAAGAGACAUCAGGCAAAAAUAAGGAAGUACUGGAGCAGCAGCUUCAAGAUCUUCAGGAUACAUCCAACAAAACAAGGGAUGAUCUGGAAAAGCAGCUUCAAAAGGUUCAAGAGGCAUCUGCUAAAACUCAGGAAAGGUUAGAGCAGGAGCUUCAUGAGUUAAAGGAGGCCUCGGGAAAUACCAAUAAUGGGUUGACACAGCAGCUUCAUGCGGUUCAACAAGAAGCAUCCAGAACUAUAGAAGGAUUGGAACAGCAACUUCACAAGCAACAAGAGAUAUCUGCAAAUACGAUAGGACUGGAGCAGCAGCUUCAAGAACUUCAGGAAACCUCAACCAAGGCUAAACAAGGGUUGGAGCAACAAAUCUACGAGCUUCGGGAAGCAUCAGCAAAAACAAAGAAAGAUUUGGAACAGCAGCUACAUGAUCUCCAAGAAACAUCAGCCAAAACUCAGGAAGGGCUGGAGAAGCAGCUACAUAAGCUGCACAAGGAAUUUGCCAGGGAAAGGGAAUCGUUGGUACAUCAGCUUUAUGCGCUUCAAGAGGCAUCUGUUAAAACAAAAGAAGGUUUGGAACAGCAACUGCAGGAAUUGCAAGAGACCUCUUCCAAAACUAAGAAAGAACUGGAGCAGCAGCUUCAGGAGUUACAAGAGACUUCUUCAAAAACUAAAGAUCUGGAGCAGCAAUUGCAGGAUGCAUUGACUAAAAGAACAGAAUCUCAACAGCAACAGCAUGAACUGGAAGAGCUAAGGUUGCAACUUCUUGCCUUACAGGAUUCUACUGCAAAGUCUAAAGAGAAAUAUAUCAGCAUGAUCUGUGAUGCUGAAUUGAACCUUGAAAUAAAAGAUGCCAAACUGCGGGAGCUGGAAGAGCGAGAUCAAUUCCAAGAGUCUCGGCUACAGAUACAAUUGGAGCAGCUACAGAUGCAAUCAGAACAGCUACAGGAAUUGAUAAGAACUCAGGAAGAAGAAAUGGAACUUUUGAGGAAAGAAUCUGAAAAAAAUCAACAGGAUGCAAUGGAAGCAAACAAAUGGCGUGCACUUUAUGAAGAGUUGCAAAAUAAAGUCAGGCCUUUCCAGCAACAGCUGGAUGCUUUUGAGGCUGAAAAGAAUGCUUUACUUAAUGAGAAUGGCGCAGCUCAGGAUGAACUGAACAAGCUUAGUGAGGCAUAUGCAAAGCUGCUGGGUCACCAGAAUCAGAAACAGAAGAUCAAACAUGUUAUGAAGCUGAAAAUUGAAAAUUCUGAGCUCAAACAGGAGGUUUCCAAACUCCGCGCUCAGCUUGCAAAAGAGAAGCAGGUAGAAAAGCAACUGCAGGCGCACUUGAAUGAAAUCCAGGGAGUGAAGAGAUUCGAUCCAUCCAAAGCUUUCAGACAUGACGUCAAAGAGAAUGUGAUGCCAAAAGCUCCUUUACGGGAAGGAAACAGAAACAAACGCUGAAUGGACAAUAACUGUGACUCUGACCCACAAUCCUGCAUCCUGAUUUUAUAUGUUCUCUUAUUUUUAUAUAUAUUUGGGGAGGAAUACUGCUGAAAACAUCCAUUCUAAACCAUUUGUGCUUUUUACUGUCAUAUUUAUCAUUGUAGUCUCUUUUCACAACUUUUUAUGAUUAUUUUAUGUGUUAAGGAAACCACUCAAAACAUGCCCACUUGCUUUUAGAUAUAUAUGAUUUUAAAUAAAGAAAUCUUAUUAUUCAUG